CACCCCACAGAGAUGUCAGUCCUGCUGUUGUACCCCUGUCCUUGGACCUGCACCCCACAGGGAUGUCAGUCCUGCUGUUGUACCCCUGUCCUUGGACCUGCACCCCACAGGGAUGUCAGUCCUGCUGUUGUACCCUGGCCCUUCCCACACACUCAGAGAGCCUCCAGCCCUGGCCCCUGCACAGGCAGCACUCUCAGGGCUGGUUUUCCCUCAGAAAGCAGCUUUUUGGGAAGGCCCUGCUCAGAGCACCCUGCUGACCCCCCUGUGGUGCUGGGACCCCACCAGUGACCCCAGCAGCAUGGGGAAAGCAGCAGCAUCCACUGUGUGUGUGCAUCUCUGGCCAGGUGCCAGCAUCCACCACCCCCAGCUGGCUCCUCACUGCCACGGCCAGGUCAGCAGCCCAUGGCACACAGCCUGGCAUUGCCAGCCACACAAGCAGUGUCCCCGAGCUGCUGCCCCAGCCCACCUCCCACCCUCUGGGAGCCUGGCAGCCCCUCAGGGCAGUCCUGGGAGGAGUCAGCUCACAGCCCCUGCUUCCCCAGAGAGAAGUGACCCAAGGCUUUCCCAUGGGUGGAUGCCCACCCCACGGAGACAGAGUUUAAUGUUUGCUCCAGACAAAGCCUUAUCAGCAACCUUUAGCCGUGUUUGCUCAGACCCUCUGGCCAUUGGGCAGCCAGGCCUGACCCCCAGGACAAGGUGCUGGUGCUGGCUCAGCACAAGCUGCCAGAGCACCUCCUGACAGCCAGCAUCCAGCCAUGGAGGCCAGCAAGGACACGGAGGAGCCCCCGCUGCCUCUGGCACUGCCCAGCUUCCAAAUCUCCGAGGAGUUUGGCUUCCUGCUUCCCCAUCCUCUGGUAGGAGCUGGCUGUGCCUCUCCAUCCUCACGGCACAGGGCAGACAGGAAAAUGGAGGGGUUGACAGAGCUGCCGGAGCCCUACGGCCCCUGGAUGGACAUUGCCCAUGAGCUGCCCCAGCUGAUCACGAGCCAUCGGCUCCGCUCACGUGUGCACCAGGGCAGCCCCUCCACCCCAGGGGCCUUGGUUGCUGCCUCUGCUCCUUGCUCCCAAGGGUUUCCCUGGCAGAUGCCGCAGCUGAACACCCAGCACCUCCGAGGACGUGAGGAGCUGCACUUGGCACACCUGGUGCUCAGCUUCAUCACCAUGGGCUACGUCUGGCAGGAGGGCGAGGAGGGCACCGUGCAGGUCCUGCCCCAAAACCUCGCCGUGCCCUACUGGGAGGUCUCACAGGCCCUGGGCCUCCCGCCCAUCCUCAGCCACGCAGAUUUUGUGUUGGCCAACUGGAGGAGGAAGGAUCCCAACGGGCCUCUGGAAAUUGAGAACCUGGACACGAUCAUCACGCUGCCUGGGGGAGAGAGCCUGCGGGGCUUCAUCCUUGUCACCCUGCUCGUGGAGAAGGCAGCUGUGCCUGGCAUUAAGGCAAUCACCCGGGCCCUUGGUGCCACCCUGCAGGGUGAUGAGGAGUCCCUGCACAGAGCCCUGGAGGAGCUGGCAGGGGCCAUCGAGGCCAUGAGGGAGGCACUGGGGAGGAUGCACGACUACGUGGAUCCAGAAGUAUUCUACUCUGUCAUCCGGAUCUUUCUCUCUGGCUGGAAGGACAACCCCGCCAUGGCGCGGGGGCUCGUCUACGAGGGGGUGUCCCCGCAGCCCAUGGCGUUCUCGGGGGGCAGCGCGGCGCAGAGCACGGUCCUGCACGCCUUCGACGAGCUGCUGGGCAUCUGCCACCGCCCCGACAGCGCCGCCUUCCUGCGCAGGAUGAGGGAGUACAUGCCCCCGGCGCACCGAGCCUUCGUGGAGGCGAUCCGCGGCUCCGCGUCCCCGCGGCGCCUCGUGCUCCGCUCGGGGGACGCGCGGCUCCGCGCCGCCUUCAACCGCUGCGUGUCGGCGCUGGCAGCCUUCAGGUCCUACCACAUCACCGUCGUCACCAAGUACAUCGCUGCUGCGGCGGCCAAAGCCAAGGCCAGGCGGGCGGAGCCGGGCGCCGCUGCGGGAAAAGCCCCGUCUGCGCUGGAGGCGAAAGGAACCGGCGGGUCGCACAUCUUCAGCUUCCUGAAGAGCAUCAGGGACACCACCAGGGAGGGGUUGAUAAGUGCCUGACCUUCCCCGAGGGUUGCCCGAAGUGGGCG